CGGCCGCCCAUUCUGCCUCGUCUCGCUAUCCUCCCGUUGUCGUCGCCUCCUCUCCAAGCCACACUAUCCCAAUCCCCAUCUCCAGAACCUUCCAGAAGCUCCCUUCCUCCUCCUCCAAUGGCGAAAGACCCGAUGCGCGUGCUCGUCACCGGCGCCGCAGGACAAAUUGGAUAUGCUCUUGUUCCCAUGAUUGCUAGGGGAAUCAUGCUGGGUGCAGACCAGCCAGUUAUUCUGCACAUGUUGGAUAUUCCGCAAGCUGCUGAAGCUCUUAAUGGCGUUAAGAUGGAAUUGGUUGAUGCUGCAUUUCCACUUCUCAAGGGAAUUGUUGCAACAACUGAUGUCGUAGAGGCCUGCACUGGUGUGAAUGUUGCUGUUAUGGUUGGUGGAUUCCCUAGGAAGGAGGGAAUGGAAAGGAAGGAUGUUAUGUCGAAAAAUGUUUCGAUCUACAAAUCCCAAGCAUCUGCCCUUGAAGCUCAUGCAGCUCCUAAUUGCAAGGUUCUGGUUGUUGCCAAUCCAGCAAACACCAAUGCCCUUAUCUUGAAGGAAUUUGCUCCAUCUAUCCCUGAGAAGAAUAUCAGUUGUUUGACCCGCUUAGAUCACAACAGGGCACUUGGUCAGAUUUCUGAGAGACUGAAUGUCCAAGUUACUGAUGUGAAGAAUGUUAUUAUCUGGGGCAAUCACUCAUCCAGCCAGUAUCCUGAUGUUAACCACGCCACUGUCAAUACUCCCAGCGGAGAAAAGCCUGUUCGUGAACUUGUUAAAGAUGAUGAAUGGCUAAAUGCGGGGUUCAUUGCCACUGUCCAGCAACGUGGCGCUGCAAUCAUCAAAGCGAGGAAGUUCUCGAGUGCUCUUUCUGCUGCCAGCUCUGCUUGUGACCACAUCCGUGACUGGGUUCUGGGAACCCCUGAGGGGACAUACGUUUCCAUGGGUGUGUAUUCCGAUGGUUCAUACGGUGUGCCUGCUGGGCUCAUCUACUCCUUCCCUGUAACUUGCAGCAGUGGUGAAUGGACAAUUGUUCAAGGGCUCCCUAUUGACGAGUUCUCGAGGAAGAAGAUGGAUGCGACUGCCCAGGAGCUGUCGGAGGAGAAGUUGCUUGCCUACUCAUGCCUCGAGUAAGUGCGCAUACCAGGAGAGCAACUGCUACUCUGAUGUUUUGAAUAAAAGAAACAUUCCAUCCCAUUGGGACUCCUCUUUCGACCCAGAACAGCUGCACAUCGCGGUGCAUACUCCCUUCUGCUGGUUUUGCCAGUGUGUAUGAGGCUUGUAGCUCACUUUUAGCUGGACAUUCGCUGGAAGAUUCAAACCAUUUGAGGCUUGUUUAGAACCAGAAGUGUUUUUCAUUGCCUGCAUAUUGCGGAACAAGCGUUUUUAAUCUUUCUGGGCGCCUAAAUAUUUCAUUAUACUUGCUGCAGCA